UUUUUUUAAACAUUUUAAUUUAAUCAUUUCCAUAUUAUAAAAAUCAAGGUAUUCAUCAAAUGACCGAACAACCAUCAUCGUCACAGUAUCCUCAUUAUAGAGAUCAACAGGAUUUUCAUCAUAUGCAUGGGUGGCAAGGUCAAGAUACAAUGUGGACUAAUCAGAUGAUCCAUGCAUGGAAUCCGUCUUCAAGUCAGGAUCCUUGGAAUCAUCCAUUUGAUGAAAAUGAACAUUAUCCUUCAAGUCAUGGUCGUUGGCCAAACCCUUCGGGUUAUGAUCAUUCUGAUCAACAUAACACCCCUAUUCAACAAAAUCCUUCUGGUACAUGGGAUUGUAUCUAUAAUCCCUCAUCAUCUACAACACAUGAUGAGCAUUUUGGAGGUCAACAUAGUUUUCAUCAGAUUCAAAGUGGGCAGAGUCAAAGUACAACGUGGGGUUAUCCGUUGCAUCACCCUUGGGAUCCACCUUUUCCUCAUCCACAUGAUUUACAUCAAAUACAAAGUGAUCAAAGUCAAAAUACAAUGUCGGGUGACCAUUUGAACGAUCAUGCGGAUCCGCCUUCUUUUCAAAAUCCCGUGUAUCAACAAAAUCCAGGGGAUUGGAAUCGUUUCUAG